AUGGCAGUAGGCUUUUCCAACGAUGAUUCGAUGGGAAGCGAUGCAGUAACACAGUGCACAUUUCCACCAGGAGCACAACCAAGUGUUCACUUCAGUUAUAAUGUUGGCAAAUCUAACGUUGUUCCACUUUCGGAAGCUGAUCAGGCAGCUGAGAAACAGAAUUUAAAGCUUAUUCAUGCCCACAAAGGAGACGACGGCAUGUACUGUCAUUUCAGACAGAGAAGUGGAAAUGGUGAGAACAGAUUUGUUCCCUAUCUGAACCAAAAGCAUCACAUUUUUCUGGCACGAGGAAUAGCAAAAGAUCCUAGAGUCUUGGAUAUGCAUGCUCUCAGCUCCGAUUCACCAAAUUUCCCUUACAUAUCUGACAAGAAGAUUAAUGUGGGCGACGUUAAAAAGAGAGAAGUUCCUGCAGAGGGUCCAUCUGCUCCAGGUGCUGUUCUCUCAAACAUCAAUGACACUGCCCAACCAAAAUCCGCUGCAGAACCUGCAGAACCUGAAUCAGAAUCUUUGAGCAGGCAAACCAAAUACUGGCUGUUCAGAUUCCAUGGUAUUGUUUGA